GAUAGAGCAUCGCUUGCGUUCGAUCGAGCAAGGAGUGGCAAUUUAUUUUCAUAUUUUGGCUUUUAAUUUUACUGCAAAAGGAUACUGGAAUGGACAGAGGAGAUCAGGAGGAAAGAGGUGCUACGCAAUCGAGCAGUCACGUUGAAUUCAGAGAUCGUGUUCGUAAAACCCUUUACUAUGGCCAAUACUCGGACAGAUCGCUUCCAUCUCUGGCAGUUACAGAUGUUGCAGUGGAGGUUCUAGGUUCUGUUGCACCCACAGACAGAAAGUGUUUGGAUACAAGCUAUGCUAUGGUGGUCUCACGGAGAGCCAAGAUAUCUCCCUGUACAUUGAUGAUGGGGAUUCUUUACUCUGAGAGAUUACGUCAGAAGAACCCUGAGUAUCUUGCACGAGUGUCAUCGUCUGACUUGUUCCUGAUAUCAGUGAUGGUGGCGUCCAAGUAUUUGUAUGAUGAAGGAGAGGAAGAGGAAGUGUUUAAUGAUGAUUGGGCCAGAGCAGGAAACAAAACUGUGAAUGAUGUAAACAAGCUUGAAAUGGAAUUUUUGGCGUCUAUUGACUGGAGCCUUUUUGUCAGUAAUCAAGAAUUUUUGGAUUUUGUCAAUAAAGUGGAGUCCAGAAUUGCAACAACACAUGGACUUUGCCGUGGUUGGUUCACAUACGGUGACUUGUGCACGUUGCUGGAUAACACCAGGUUUCUUGGUACUUUGAGUCUUUUGAGACUUGAAAUUUUGAAGGUGUUUAGUGCAUGUACCUUGGCCUAUGUGUUCAGUUUGUCUUUGGCGCUGUCUGUCACUUCCUUCACCAGUUGUCAUUGUCACCACAGUAAUAACACUUCUGACAACUUCACCCCCCCUGUGCAGACACCAGUCUGUUUAACCACAGAAUCUGCCUGCCGGUUUCAUCACCCACCAGAAAUGCCCAGGCGAAGAACAGAAGUACCUUUGGUGGUUUCAAAGAGAUUUCAAAUGCAGCACAACCAUUCUGAGACUCCGGUACAACAAGCUAUGACCAUCAAGACCCAACAAGGAUUGCAGGGAAAUGAAUGCUGUUCUCCACUUUCUUGCAAUUGGAAACCCUUAGAAUUUGUAUUAAACAAUGCUGUGCAGGAUUCGAGAAACAAAGUCAAUGUGAAUGAGCUGAAAACUCGCAAAGACUCUGCUGAGGAUUUGAGACUUUCUUCUACCCUGUUUACCCAAAUAUUAUCACAAAAGCUUGUUUUGCAUAACCCCUGUACCUCAUUUCGUUUUAUGGAAAGCUACACAUCAGGUCUUGUUCAAAGUAACUUUGUGUCAAAUGUUACAGGUGCAUUAGGACACAGUGACUGGCUGAGAAGCCAUGCAAAGAGCAGUUUCAUUUGUGUGGCCUAAGAAGUGGUGCACUUUUUUUUUAACUACUUUAAAAAUUAGGGGGUGGGUCAUAUCUCUCAGGAUAAUUUCUUCUUAUUGGUAACUCUUUUCUAGGCAGCAACUGAAAUUGCAGAAUAGUUCAAAUAAGAAAAGGCCAUUUGUGAGAGUCCUGCUAGUCAAAUCCAUUUGAAUUUGUUCAAUUCUUAGAUUCAGACAGAAAAUAUGAGAUGUCUUCAGUCAUGUUUUGGAGCUAUCCACAUGGUAUUGUUUGGACUUGGUCACUCAAACAUUUCAAGUUUUAACGAUUAUAAAUUUGGAAACUAUGGUUACAUUAAAAGGGAAGGGUAUAAGGAACGUUUACUUUGUAACAGCAAAUAUGAAUGCAGCGCUAAUUUCAGAGCUAAAUUAUACUAUAGUUUAAGGUAGAGUGUCAUUGAAGUGACCCAAAUUUGGGAUUUACAUUGUCAAAGAAUAUAAACUAGUGGUUGCUCAUUGAUUUCUAGUAUGCAUAGUUAUAGUCACUGAAAGAUAUUUAAAGAACUUUAUUCAAAAAACAUACAAUUUCCUUGCACAGAAAAAAAAACAUGCUCCUCUAAUUAUAUUUUUUGAUAAACUUGAUAUCUUAGAGUAUCAGAAGAGUACCAGAAGAGGCAAAAUGAUUUUACAAGGGAUCUUUUUUAAGGCAAUAACAUUAAAGUAAUUGAAAUUGAAGUAAGUUCGAUAAUUUUCAUCCCACUUUACCCGUUUUAUUUUUCUGAGCAGUAUUCUUCUGCUCCUUUAGUAAACGCUCACAACACAUCAGUUUACUAAUAAGUUGGUUAAUGUGAAAGGAAAAUUUGUCUUGGUAUU